AUGGAGCAACUAAGUCCGAGCAGUUCUAGCUCCCCAAAUCGCAGCCACGCCCAGAAGCGCCGCCCCAGAAAACCCUUGAACUGCGAUCCCUGCAGACACUCCAAGCUGAAAUGCGACCGGGGACUGCCGUGCGCGACAUGCCUCAAACGAGGCUGGCAGGACUCUUGCGCUUAUGGCUCAAACUUUACUGGACCGCAGAAGCGAAGGAGGACUAGGCUUGAGCUUGUGGAGCCGGUGCCUCAGCCGCAAAUACAGGCUCAAUCUGUGGAGGUACCAGAGACAGUGUCAUCUCCGAGUUCGACGCCCGAGCCGAUACAGCAGCGAUGGGAUCAUAUUCUGCGUCGACCAUCUGUUGAGAGGGGUGUUAUACCAGACUCGCCGAAUCCAACGGUAACUCUGUCCUUUGGGCCUUGCGUUCCAAUCUCUGAACUCCUUGCGCUUUUACCACCAACUUCUGUGACUGAGUACUUGGUUUGCCGCUAUUUCGGAACUCUCUCAUCACUGUUCCAUAUUCUCCAUGGCCCGACAUUCCAGACGCAGUAUCUAGACUUUCUAGAAGCGCCAGAGAAGACUAGCCUGUCAUGGCUAGCUGUUCUCUUCGCUAUCAUCUCGUUGACUCUCAAGACCAUCGAACCAACUGAUGCUGGCCUCGUCGUGUUAUGGCAGGACACCACCAUCCCUCGCGACUUGUCAGUGCUGUCACAGAAAUAUAGAGAUGCGGCAAUGACGGCCCUUUCGCAGGAUCAGUUCUUGGUCCGCCAUGAUCUGAGCACGCUCGAGGCUCUUCUCAUCCUGGUUCAUAUGAUAUCUCAUAACGAAGGGCCAGAAUACGGCUGGGCACUUCUCGGCAGUGCACUCAACAUCGCCAUUGCUCUGCGUUGCCACACAGAUAUAGAGGGGCCCAACUGCAUUGAGCAAGAGCGCCGUCGCCGUUGCUGGGCAGGCAUCCUGAUCAUCCAUACCUACCAAGCUCUCUGCUUCAGAGACAUCGAUCUCACGUUCCUGUUGAACAUGAAAGCAACAAUGCCGGCAUGGGUCAACGACAAAGAUAUCCGGCAAAACAGUAUAAAGCAAUCACCUAAGGAUUCACCCUGCGAGUUUACCGACACAUCACUGCUGAAAUUCCAAGUUCGGCUAUUCCAGCUUUCGACGCAGAUUUGCUCUCAUAUUUCGGGCGAUGACAAACUCAACACAACGAUUCUACACCAGUAUGAUACAGCUGUGGCGAAAGAGCAACUACAAUGGGAUGCCGCAUAUCUCGUAAACGGUCGCCGGAGUAUUCUCAACACAUCAGGCUAUGCGCAUUGGUGCAUGCUCCAAACCUACGCUCAUCAACUCUACCUCCUUCUCCAUCGACCUUUUCACAGCUCCAAAGCAAGUCACUUCCGCGCCGAGUCAAGGGACAAGUGUAUCAAGUCAGGUCUUGCCUUGCUAGAUGUCCAUCACCAAUUCUACGAACUACCGCGACUAAAGUGCUACCGCUGGCUCGUCAAGGGCGCUAUCAGCUGUAAUGCACUUCACGGAGCUGUGGCGUUGACUUCAUGCAUGCUGGACAUGCCCGACGACUCUGAUCUGACGGAACAUAUAUCUGCCGUUGAUGCUGCAAUAUCGAGAAUGGAAGCACUAAAGAUGAAAAGUCCAGCUUGUUCCAGUGUUUAUCGCGUCAUUCGUUGUCUUCAAUCUUAUCUCUCGAAGCGAGACCCUGCACCGACUUUUUUGCCGGAAGAUGUUGAGCUGAGGUUCGAGGACUGGGCUACCAAUGUUGACUGGUUCAGACCCGAUGGGAUUGACUGGGAACUUUGGGACUCGGCUUACAUCACUCCACAAACUGAUGAUGCAGCUACUCUGAUGACUUGA